GAUCUUCGUUGUCUUUACUAUUAUUCAUGUCACGUGUUAUGAGAAAUACAUUAAUUUUCAAAUUUUAUAUUAUAUUUGAUACUAGAAAUUCUUGAGUUGAACAAAGAUAGACUAUCAAAUUAAUCAUUAACACUGAAUUUUGUUAUUAAAGUAUUAUAAUAUUAAAUCAAUGUAAGUUAGAUUAGGCAGUCUAUAAUUUUAUUUUUGAGGUUAUGUUGGAGGACAAGCACAACAAAAAUUAAAUAAUCAUGCAUUUGGCAUAAUAAGAACUCAUGAAUUACUCAGGACCACUGUAGUGUGCUCUCUGAAAGAUUGUUAGAUAGAUUAUAAAUUACAGAUAGAUUUACCUAACUGUUGAUGUUAUUUAUUUCUAAGGUAUAAAGAAAAACUAGUGGAAAAAAUGGAUUGUGCCAUUAGAGGUAUACACACUUUAGGUCUACAGAUUCCAUUAAUUAAAAAAGAAUAUCCUGAUGAUACUCCAAAGGAAUCAGACACGAAUCAGGCAGAAAAGGAGAAUCGUGAUGUUGAUGAUGACGAUUACCUCAAAAAUGACGCAGAUGAUGAAAAUGCAAUGAUGGAUUUUGUAAAAGAUGAAAUUGAAAUUGACGAAAAGCCAGUUUCCAUGGAAGAUUUCUCCAGCAACAUUCCAGCUAAAUCAGUGAUUCCAAAGAGUGAACCACUGGAUUCGUCCAUAGUUUCAGAAAGUCUUGGAGUUGGCCUGGCCUCCCACAAUCAUAAGGAAUUUGAAAUUUGUGGCAGAAUAGCAGUUGUUUGUCUGCGUAGAUUGGAAGAUGAAGAGCCAAAUUUUAAUGUUGGAAAUUUGAAUUUGGUACUAAAGCGUGAAUUUUUACUGGCUGAUGAAGGGAAUGCCUGUUUUGUUGAUGACAAUGGCAAUGAUGCUCAUGACAAGAAUGAUAAUGAUUCUGAAAAUGAAGAAAAGCCUACCAUAAAAACCGAAAUAGAAAUCGAUGAAAAGCCAUUGAUCAAGAACUUCUUCAGAAACAGUGCAGUACAUCCAGUGAUACCAAAGAGUGAACCACUGGAUUCGUCCAUAGCUUCAGAGAGUCUUCGAGUUGGCUUAGCAUCCCACAAUUAUAUGGAAUUUGACAUUUGUGGCAGAAUAGCAUUUGUUUGUCUGCAUAGAUUGGAAGAUGAAGAGCCAAAUUUUAUUGUUGGAAAUUUAAAUUUGGGACUAAAGCGUGAAUUUUUACUGAUUGAAAUUGUGAAACAUGAGAGUCCAUUCGAACAAAUUGACAUUGAAAUGAAGAAUGAACCUUCUCAUAGCAAUACAGCUAUUCAUCAGAUCAAGAGAGAGAAGCAAGAAAAUGGAUUUGCAGAACUUCAAUUGCCAACAAAUAACAUCAAACAGGAGCCAAUAAUCUCAGAGGAAGCCCCAACUACUACUCAGAUGGCGACAGUUGCAGUAGAUAGCAGCCAAGAACCAGCGCCAGAGUGCAGCACUGCAUUCGCUCCAACCGAUAAUGACAUCAGCCAACAACAAUAUUCAAUCCCUGGCUACAAUCUGAUAUUCAUCAAAGAAGAAGAUUACCAAGAUGGAGAAGACAUUUCAGAAGAAGUUGACUUUGGCACAGUGAAGAGUGAAGCAGAGAUGGGGCCUUCUAUCAGCGGCACUGCCAAUGCAACAGAGGUGGGUGGACUAGAUGCACAUUCAAUCUCUCCAGUGGAAAAGUGCACUGAGCCAACUGUGGCUGGCAAAGAGACCAAGCUCUACAGCUGUGCUGACUGCAGCUAUGAAACUCCAUGGAUUGCUGCUUUGAAGAGACACAUUAGAAGACAUACUUGGGAAAAACCAUUUAGUUGCGAAUUUUGUGACUUUAAAUUUGCUACUUCAGCUAAUUUGAAAGUUCAUAUCAGAAAACAUACAGGUGAAAAACCAUUCACUUGCGAAUUUUGUGACUACAAAUGUGCAUCUUCAGGCCAUUUGAAAGUUCAUAUCAGAACACAUACAGGUGAAAAACCAUUUAGUUGCGAAUUUUGUGACUUUAAAUUUGCUACUUCAGGCAAUUUGAAAGAGCAUAUCAAAUCACAUACAGGUGAAAAACUAUUCAAUUGCGAAUUUUGUGACUAUACAUGCAGUCGGAAAUACAACUUCAAAUUACAUCUCAGAAAACAUACAGGUGAAAAACCAUUCAGUUGCGAAUUUUGUGACUACAGAUGUGCAUUUUCAGGCCAUUUGAAAGAGCAUAUCAGAUCACAUACAGGUGAAAAACCAUUUAGUUGCGAAUUUUGUGACUACAAAUGUGCAUCUUCAAGCCAUUUGAAAGUUCAUAUCAGAACACAUACAGGUGAAAAACCAUUUAGUUGCGAAUCUUGUGACUACAAAUGUGCUACUUCAGGUAAUUUGAAAGUACACAUUCGAACACAUACAGGUUAAAAACCUUUUACUUGUGAAUUUUGUGACCAUACUUGUUCUCGUUCAAAUGAUUUGAAGAAACACAUCUGAAAGCACACUGGGGGAGAGCCUCUGAAGAAAAAAUUGUUCUAUAUUUAUUAAUACAAUAUGAUAAUUUCCACUAAGUCUAACAGACUUAGAAAAAAGUCUGUUAGACUUUGGUUACUUUUGACCCAUAGUGAAACUAAAAAAAGUCUGUUAGACUUUGGUUAGUUUUGACCCAUAGUGGUUCAAAACUAAAUAACACUGUACAUGAAUAAACUAUAAAUUAAUGUAAAACUAGAAUUAUGACUUCGAUUUGAUAAACUAAAAUUAAGAAUUAUGUGACUUUUAAUGAGCUGAUUUAUGUACUUUGAAGGCACCUAAUAUUAAAGCCCAGUUGAAAAAUAAUUGAUUAAGUAGUCCUAGUAGUUUUAUUGGCAUUGUUUUGUUUCUCAAUCGAUCACGAUUUGUGUGAUUAGAGUCAGUUGCUCGUGUGUGAAAUUAAAUCAUUUAUUGAGUAUCAUUUACUUAAUUGAGUAAAUUCCAACUGAAUAGAAGAGUAAAAGUUUUCUGUAGGCCUACUGACGAGGCCGACAUGGAAGUUUAGCACUUAGCAGAUUGAAACAUCAAUUGGGAAUAAUUAUAAUGAGUGUAAAUUGUAUGCAAGUUGAGUAUAUGUCUUUAUCCAUCUACCAGAUUCACUUUUCUCUCCUUAUAUUAACUUAUCCAGAAAUAUUAAUUUGCAGCAAUCAAAGCAACAAGUUGGUGAAUUUGUAAUGAUUUUCCUUUGAAACUUGGUCCCGCAUGGAGCUUUCCCACUCUCGUUAAAUGUAAAGAAUAUUCAUGCCUCUUCAAUUGUAAAUUCGUAAAAUUCUAUGCAAUACACAUUAAUAUUGCAAGUACUUAGUAUUUGUCUUCUAUGGGAGAACAUACGGUACCUGAUAUUCUUCAAGACAUCAAUAAUGAAUCUCACAACUGUUAAAUAUAUUAUGUCAGCCAAGUCCUCCAGUUUAUAGUGUUCUUGUGGAAUCAUGUUUAAUCUGAAUAGUCAUUAUCAGACUCACUUGAACUUGAAAAAUACAAAAUUCUCACUCACUGAUUCACGUUCUUAUCAUCUUUCUCAAUUGAAAGUCAUUCCUACACAAUUUUUAUUGCAAUGUUUAUUUCCAUGACUGAGUUCAAUAUUAGUGUGAAGUAGAUGGUGAGUGUAAGCUACCUGUAAUUGUCAAUGUAAUCCCUAGUACAAAAAUUGAUACAAUUGUCUAGAAAAUGUGUGGAAACGAUGCUAGAUUCUUUUUUUUUCUCUGAGAAGUGAUUUUAAUGAGAAUAUUCAUCCAUUCAUUGAUUGUGUUGACAAAUUAAUUUUACUCUUAUAUCCCCCGAUAAAUGUUCUUCUUUAUUUGUAUGUCAUGUACUAGUUUAUUCAGGACAAAAUGACAGAGGUUGUCUGGUAUAGCUCAGCUGGUAGAGCUGUCUCCUCAAAUGUGAAAAGAUCCAAUCUGAUGAUCUAAUCUUCAUGGCAAUAUUAUUUUUAUUGAAUUACCACCUCUAACAACAAAACGACAAUGUUGUCUUUGCAAAACCCUUUGAACUGCUAUGUUCCAUAUUAUGAUGCUAUUGUUGUUAAUAUGGCUGUGUUGAUUACCUCAAAAAGCCUCCUGGCAUAUGUGAUUGAUAAUGUAUGUAAUAUUAUAGAUUUCAUUAUUAUUAUAAAAAGUAAUAUGGGAUACAACUUAAAAGGGACUAGUUGAUUUUAUUUUAUAGACUGUUGAGAGGUCUAUUCUAUUGAAUAUCAAUUUUGUAUUGUAUCACAAACAGCAAUAAUUCAUCAGAAAUUCAUUAUAUUAAUAUUAUUAAGAUUAUUAACACUUAUUAUCAUCAACAGAGUUUAGCAAUCUACUGUAAAAGAAACUUCUUGUUAAUAGAUAUUCAAUCUUUGACGAAUAUUCUACACAUUUCUCCUACCUUGUAUCAUUAAUUUACUUCAAUUUAUCAAUUUUCAAUUGAUUCUCGAAAUAGUCCUAGGCUGCAAUUUUGAUAUUUUUAACUUCUAGGUGUAGAACUCCUAUACUCCCACAGGUAUCUGUGGUUAUAUUUCUAUAAUGUGUCUCUUUUUAUAUACUAAUUUAACUUUUACUCCAACUACUGUUGAAAGAACAAAAAUAAUAAAGAAAAAUCAAACAUUGA